CCUGUGCACAUCGUGUAAUUUUUGCUUUGUGUAUAUUCUUGUUAAAAUACAAGUGCAAUUGUGUUAAGUAAAGAGGAAAAGUGAGUGUUUGUGAUAGGGAAAUAUUUAAUUCAUACUGUUGAGGUGAAGUGAUUAAACAAUGUCAAACCGAAGUUCCGAAGGUGGUAAAGGGAUGAUCCCUUCACGAUGGUUAUCAUGUCCUCGCAAAUGUAUUGGAUUAAUAAACAAUAAAUUUCUCGCGUUCAAAACACCACUCUCUGAUGAGUUUAAUGAUCAAGUUUCCGAAGAAUGUCGUUUUUCUGUGAAUAUGCUGUUUGCAUCAUUAAAGUGUCAAAGAUUGAAAAUGGGAUUACUAAUAGAUUUGACAAAUACCACCAGGUUUUAUAAUGAAGCUGAUGUUGAAUCUCAUGGAUGUCAGUAUUACAAGCUUCAAUGUCGUGGUCAUGGAGAAACUCCCUCCAUAGAACAAACAAAAGUUUUCAUCAAAAUUUGCAGAAAUUUUAUUGCUCGUAAUCCAUCUGAGAUCAUUGGAGUUCAUUGCACCCACGGUUUUAAUAGAACUGGGUUUCUUUUAAUAAGUUACUUGGUUGAAAGUAACAUAUUCAACUUGGAUGCUGCUGUAAGUGAAUUUUCAACAGCUAGACCUCCUGGAAUUUAUAAGGAAGACUACAUUAAAGAGUUAUACAGGCGAUAUGAUGAUGAGAAUGAUGCACUUCCUGUACCACCAUUACCAACUUGGUGUUUAGAAUACGAUCAUUUGAAAGGAAAUGGAGAACAACAUACUCAAGGUGGAAAUCGUGAAUAUACUCAAGAUCGAGUUUUCAUGGCUGGAGUUCCUGGAGUAAAACCAGUACGAGAUUUAGCUAAAGUUAUGGGAAUUCAACGAAGAGUUCAAAAAAUCUGCAAAUGGAAUAGAAGUGGUUUUCCUGGUUCUCAACCUGUCUCUAUGGAUCAGAAUAACAUAAUACAAUUUAAUAUCAGACCAUACCAAGUAUCAUGGAAAGCUGAUGGUACUAGAUAUAUGAUGCUUAUUCAAGCAAACAAAGAAGUGUUUUUCAUUGAUAGAAAUAAUAGUGUCUUUGAGGUAUCUGGAUUGUCUUUUCCACAUUGUAAAGAUGUUUCAAGAACUCUGAAAGAUACUUUAUUAGAUGGAGAAAUGGUUAUUGAUGAAGUAAAUGGUACCAAAUAUCCUAGGUACUUAGUUUUUGACAUUAUCAUAUGUGAUGGUGAAGAUGUGACAGACUUAUUUUUUAUCGAGCGAUAUGCUAUAAUCGAGAAAGAAGUGAUAGGAAGCCGAAUUAGAGCAUUUAAGGAAAGCCGAAUACAACGAGAUCAAGAACCCUUUUCUGUUCGUCAGAAGCAAUUUUGGGAUGUUACACAAGUGAACAGUUUACUUAGUGAAAAAUUUGUGAAACAAUUGGGUCAUAAACCAGACGGCCUGAUCUUCCAGCCUUCGAAGGAGCCCUACAUACCUGGACCUGCAGCAACCGUCUUGAAGUGGAAGCCACUAUUGUUGAAUUCAGUGGAUUUCAAAUUAAAAAUAGUCGUCGAAUCAGGUAUGGGUAUUUUAUCACAAAAAAUUGGUCACUUGUAUGUUGGGGGUUUAAGCGAACCAUAUAGUUCUAUUCCGAUUACUAAAGAAAUAGAAAAGCUCGAUGACAAAAUAAUCGAAUGUAGUUUCAAGAACGGUCGUUGGGUAUAUAUGCGGGAAAGAACCGAUAGAUAUUUUCCUAAUUCGUUCAGGACUGCUCAAUCGAUUUUGAACAGUAUUAAUAUGCCAGUAACGUCCAAAUAUAUAAUAAAUUAUAUCAGUAAAUUUAAAUUCAACGAGAAUUGGGAGGAUUGCUUGCCUCCACCAGCCAAACGACGGAAAUAA